AGCAGCAUCGUCAGGGCUGAUCACGUGGUACGUCGGAAGCAGGGACGGGCGGGGAGAGUGGGUGUGUCCUAUGGCGUGCGCUUUCCAUUCAUAACUCCGGCUCUUCUCCGAGCUCCCCCUGAUUCAAGGAUGCAGACGGGGGGCAGGCUGGACCGGAACCUUCGGUCCCCACGGAUCAGCCCCGAGCUCACAGAGAACGACCCCCACCACCACCACCACCAGGCGGGCUGGCAGCAGCGGGGCAUGUGGGACGCGGGAGAGUGGAUGAGGAUGAUGAGGCUCUCCGUGUAGUCACAGCCCGGCGGAGGGAAGCGGCUUCAACACCUUCUGUUUAGAACGCUUCGCCCACUCUGACCUGGACCAUGAGCAAUGAUUCGCCUGCUCUGACAAGUCUGACGGAGAACUCUACUGAUGUGCCUCUGUUGGCGGACCAGGUGGAAAACUAUGUGCUGCUCUUGGUACUGCUGAGUGUUUUCGCCGGGGGGACGCUGGUACUGCUCUCCCUGCUGCUGCUCUUCUGCCACCGCUGCUGCAUGGGUGGGCGACGUUACUCUCGAGCAAGUGAUGACCCUGAGAAGACAAACACGACUUACGUUGACGAUUUUCAGCCCACCCAAGAAAUCACCGUUCGACUGGAUGAAACGGACGCUCUGUCGGCUUCCAGCUGCCACGACGGGGAGUCCGAGAGGUUCGUUUCCACCAUGCUGACGGCUCGCAGGGUCUCCUUCAAUGAAUCUGCGUUGUACGAACAGGAGAGAAUGACAGAGGAUAAAGGACGCAGAUACACUCUGACUGAGGGGGAUUUCCAUCACCUGAAAAAAGCUCGGCUGACUCACCUCCAUCUGGCGCCGGCCCCGUGCGACCUCAAGAUCCUCACCAUCAUGGAGUGCGACUCAAAUGAGAGCAGUUCUGUUAACAUUAGCGAAGCUCCGACUCCCAAACUCCCCCUCACUAUCUACCAGCCGACUGAGAGAAGAGUGUCUGACUGGUUGGGUCAAAGCCUUAGUGGAGGUCUACCAGGUGACACACAUCACUCCAUCAUCCUGGAUCGGAUUCCCAGACGGGGCUCGUUGACCAUGGAGGCUCUUGCGGGCAGAGUAGUUGACCACAUGACCACCAGUACUUCUGGGCAGACUUCAGUUUUACAGUUCUUGUCAAAGCUGCGACGCCACACCAGUCUGGAGGGAGCUGGACCUUAUUUCAAGAGGUGGAAGUUUGAUGGGAGUCACCGGGCCGCCAGUCUCGAUGCUAAAGGGUCCCCGAAGAGAAGACCCUUCCAGCGGCAGAGAGCUGCGAGUGAAACCACUGACCACACUGAGGAAGAUUCUUCUCUUCGAAAUGGUGCAACGGGGUCUUUCCCACAAACUCCAAGUCAGACCAGUGGCCUCCAGUCUCUGUCUGCUGAAUCUCUGACUCAACCUUCCGAGGAUCAAACCACCUCCGUCUUCUUCCACAGGCAAAACCUGGAGACUGUGGUGGGGGAGUUUGCUGGUAACAGCAGGAGUGAAGUACCAUCUUGGGAAACAGAUGAUUGCUCUAACCAGAGACAAAAGAACACCUUAGACAAUCAGUCAGGAAUAGAGGAAGGAUUAAAACCAGAUGCGGUCGCAAGGACUGAGAGCGGCAGGGUUGAUACGGAACCUCUAGAGGAGGAUGACUUGUUUGAAGCCAAAGUUGUUCAGUUAGAAGAUUCACCCACGGAAACUGGAGACGGCGUAACGUUGGAUCUGAGGCAAAAUUGUGAGAUGGAAGUCGAUGAAGAAGUGAUGUUAGGAGUUGACAGCAGACCAAGGGCAGAUUCAGGUUCUUCUCUUUCAUUUGGGCUUCGGCAGGAGAUCUUGGAGGCUCAACCUUCUCUUUACAGAGACAUCUGGAGCUUGCGAGCCUCCCUGGAGCAAUACGCCUCCUCGGACCAGAGCAGCACCGACAGGGAGUCCAUCCGUAGCGAUGCCGAAAGCGUCUCGUCACUCGGCUGCGCCGGAGCCCGGACUGGGCAGCUGAGUAGCUGCUUGUCCCAAGACCUGGAUGAUGAACCUGACGCAGAAGGAGAGGAGGGUGACGUCAGAGGGGCGGCGGGCGGGGCCAGCGAGAUGGGAAGUGGCGUCGACGGAGAGGUGGGUACCCGCAAGCUCCUCCAGAUGGAUAGCGGCUAUACCUCCAUUGAAACGCCAUCCAAGGGGCCGGAGGAGUUGCGCAUUUUCGGGACUCCCGCAGCCCCUCGUGGGAAGACAGCCACGGAGAGGAGGUUGUUCUUCACAAGCUCAGGGAGGAAAGGUUCUGUGUGCGAGAGCACUGACACCAGGUUGUUCCAGGAGGAGCUGGAAGACGAUUUAACCGAAAGCACAGAGGAGGAACACAAAAGUAGUCUCUCGCUCCACGAACCGUAUCCCCUCGUCAAACCCCUUCAUCCUCACAAACAAGAAGCUCUGCCACACAUAUCAUCUCAGCUCUUGAAGCCGACCUCUCAGCCCUGCGUCCCUCACCGACCUCGUCUACAUCGCCGCGACUACAGCAUCGAUGAGAAGACGGACGCGCUUUUUAACGAGUUCCUCCGACACGACCCGAGGUUCGACCAGCCAGAUUCGCCGUUUCGAACCAGGCACCGCUCCAGAGUACACCUACGGAAGCAGUGGCAAAGACACAAGCAAUACAGCGACCCCGGAUCGGGGGCCGGGGGUCGCUACUCGCCAUCUCUGGAGAGGCAGAGGUUCACCCCGCUCCCGAGAGGUGACAGCGCCAGUUACCCUCUGGACACCAGGUACCACAGCACAUUGUCGCGCAUCGCCAGCGCGGCAGACGAAGAAGCCAGUGAGAUUGCGGCCUGCGAGGAGGCAACCAAAGAGAGCGCGCAGGACGCAUCAAGAGACGGAAGCACCUCGGAGAUGAGAACCGACGAGACCGCGAGCGGCCAGGACGACGUUCCUUCUUCCGACACAAAAAGCACAAGCCCUCAGCAGCUCCCCGCACGCUGUAUGGACCCUCGAGUUGACAACAGGAACAACAACAGCAGCCCGUCCAGCAGCCUGACAGACAAACUGGCAGUGGCGGUGGAGGAGAGGCUCUACGGCGGCCUACGGAGGGCCGAGCUCGCCCAGGGAGGAACCCGGAGCGUGGUCACGGCCUCACACACCGCCUCGCCUGACCACAGCCCCAAGUAACUCUUGUAUCCUAGAUUUUCAUAUAUGAAAAUGUUUGGUCAAUUAUUCUGACAUGUGGCGCAUCACAAAUACAGUGAACCCUCCCAAAGCUAUUUAAAAAAAAUAAAAAAACUUAAAUCAUACUGAAAGACAAACUUGCUUUUAAAGUACAGUUCCUUAAUUUUAUAGCAAAGCUUACUUGUUUGUCACUCUCAGCUGAAAUCCAACACUCCACCAAAGCCUAAAAAUUGACAUAACUUAAUCCACUAGCUUAAGGCUAACAAACCAUGUGAAAUGUCAUAGACAGGCUAUUGGAAAUUAGCAUAAAGUAAUUGUAAACUUUCAAACACAGCUCGUGUAACACACCCGAGCAGUAACACUCAAAAAGAGCAUCCAACAAUACUCACAGGGAAAAAAGAAAAACUGCGAUACAGCGAGGGAACAUUACAUUCUAACCUCACCGAUGGCCGCAUUUCCUCUCAGACCUGAAUCUCCACUGUGAUGCCAUGUGCUUUGACGCCUCUUUCCUGCUCGACAUAUUGCACAGAAUAACAGAAUUUAGCACAUCCAUCUUUAGAAAUAUUUUGAUACAACUUGUGAGUUUACCGCAUGCUACUACUACUAAUAUUACUGUAUGUCAGAAACGGCGUGUCAUUGAAAGACUGUAUAGUUUUAAACAAGAAAUAAUUUGUUGCUAAGAGAUAUCCGUGUCACGAUUUCUGUCAUGAAAAAAAAACAAAAAAACGAUAUCCUCCGCAAGUGUCCUUCUUGUAUUAGUUUGUGUGAAGGGAGUAUUUGACAACAAGGGACUUUUAGACACCACCAAUGGUGAAGAGUGUUUUUUUUGCACAAUGUUGGAUGGAUUUUUGUCUUUUCAAAAAAAUAUUUUUAGAAAUAUUGGUAGGAAAUUCUAUGCGGAGCAAGACCAAAACAAUUCUGUCCCAUUGUGCUUUGGAUAUUUUCAUUACCAUUACGGGUCAAAACAUUAGGUACACCAGAAAAUAUUUUUGGGCUAUUUUUUUCCUGCUUUAUAGAUUUUUGGGGAAUUUUUUUUACCCCUUCCCCCCCCACUUUUUUCAGAUUUCUCUUAUCAGAUUUUUUUUUAAUGGGAGUUUUGAAGGUAAUUCCCCUGACUAUAUAGUUUCAGAUGCAUCAAUUAAAACCAAAAUCUUAUCAUGGAACAAAGUAUUCAUUUAAGUCUUCCUCAGUUUAAAAAUAGUACAAUUGUACCUCCAAUGUGCAACAUUAUUCAUUUUGUGACCCCCCC